CUCCCCCCCCCACUUGGUAUCUCCCAGCGCUGCCCGGCCCUUUGCCCUCACCCAAGAUGGCGGGCGCGGCUUCAGGGCGGCGCCUGCUGAGGGCAGGGGAAUCCCCAGCGCGUGGAGCGGAGGCGGCGGCGCCGUGAACGGAGGGGACCCCAGUGCCCCCCCUGGGGACCGCCCCCAUGGCGGAGGAGCUGGAGCCGCUGCUGGAGCCCCCCGAAAUCUUCCUCGAGCUCUGGAACAUGCUGCCUGAUAACAUGCACUCGCUGUCCCCCCCUGACGAUCCGCUGGCUGUGCAGGACCUGUGCCCCCUGGAGCCAAGCGAGCCCCCUCCUGGGCCCCCCCCCAGCACCGAGCCCCCCCCGGCGGCUCCCCCCGAGCCCCCCCGGGCGUCCCCGUCCUCCAUGGUGCCGUCCACUGAGGACUACGGGGGCCACUACGACUUCCAGCUGGGCUUCCAGGAGACCGGCACCGCCAAAUCCGUCACCUGCACCUACUCACCGGUGCUGAACAAGCUGUACUGCCGCCUGGCCAAGCCCUGCCCGGUGCAGGUGCGGGUGGGGGCCGCGCCCCCCCCGGGGGCCGUGCUGCGCGCCGUGGCCGUCUACAAGAAGUCGGAGCACGUGGCCGAGGUGGUGCGGCGCUGCCCCCACCACGAGCGAAAUGGGGAGGGCACCGACGGCCUGGCCCCCGCCCAGCACCUGAUCCGGGUGGAGGGGAACCCCCAGGCGCGGUACCACGACGACGAGACCACCAAGCGCCACAGCGUCGCCGUGCCCUACGAGCCCCCCGAGGUGGGCUCGGACUGCACCACGGUGCUGUACAGCUUCAUGUGCAACAGCUCCUGCAUGGGGGGCAUGAACCGGCGCCCCAUCCUCGCCAUCAUCACGCUGGAGGGGCCGGGGGGGCAGCUGCUGGGGCGCCGCUGCUUUGAGGUGCGGGUGUGCGCCUGCCCCGGCCGGGACCGCAAGAUCGAGGAGGAGAACUUCCGCAAGAGGGGCGGGGCCGGGGGCGGGGCCAAGCGAGCCCUGUCCCCCCCCACCAAGGCCCCGGAGACCCCCAAGAAGCGGGUGCUGAACCCCGACAACGAGAUCUUCUGCCUGCAGGUGCGCGGCCGCCGCCGCUACGAGAUGCUGAAGGAGAUCAACGACGCCCUGCAGAUGGCCGAGGAGGGGGCGGCGCCACGGCCGUCGAAGGGGCACCGCCCGCGGGGGGAGGGGCCGCUGCCCCGCUCCGGGAAGAAGCUGCUGCUCAAGGGGGAGCCCCCGGACUCCGACUGACCACGCCCCCCGUGCUGGCCACGCCCCCAAGCCCCGCCUAGCCCCGCCCCCUGCCGCCCCAAGCCCCGCCCCCUGCCGCCCCAAGCCCCGCCCCCACCCCAACCCCCCAUUCACCCUGGCCCCAUUCACCCCUCACGCCCCUGCGCUAAGCCACGCCCCCUUCGUUUUUAAGCCCCGCCCCCUUCGCGUUAGCCCCGCCCCUUUGCGAUGGAUUUUUUUUAGAAUAAAACUUUUUGUACCGCC